AUGAAAACUCUUAAUAUUUCCACCUUCUGCUUCCUCAAGUAUUUCAUUCGUUGCUUUCUUCUUCUAUGCCUGAAUCUAUUCCCUUCGGAAACUGGCAUUUCCUUGGCAGAAAGAGACAUGAAAACUGACCUUGCUGUUCAACAUAUUCAUAGAGUUGAAGUCAAGUCUCUGCUACCAGAAACCACCUGCAACCCCUCCACCAAAGGUGAGGAGAAUAAAGCAUCAGCAUUAAAAGUGGUACACAAACAUGGCCCUUGCUCCGAACUCAACCAAAUACACAAAGAAAAUACUCCCAAUCAUACUCAAAUCCUCGACCGAGACCAAGCCCGGGUCAAAUCAAUCCACUCUCGGCUUGGUUCAAAGAAAAUGAACAGCGACGAUGCCACCACAAUGCCAGUCAAUUCCGGUGACAUAGUGAGUUCUGGGGACUACAUUGUGACUGUGGGCCUAGGCACACCUCAGCAGAAACUUUCGCUCAUAUUUGACACAGGAAGCGACCUCUCCUGGACUCAAUGUCGGCCAUGCAUUGGAUCCUGCUACAAACAAAUGGAGUCCCUCUUUGACCCUUCCAUCUCCACUUCAUAUGUCAAUAUUUCCUGUAAAUCCAAUGUCUGCUCUCAGCUCACUCCAGUCACACAGAAAAUACCUCGUUGCUCAACUGACAACUCUACGUGUAUGUACGACAUGCAAUAUGGAGACAAAUCAUUCUCUGUUGGAUUUUUCGGCAAAGAAAGCCUCACCUUAACUUCAACUGAGGUGUUCGAUGAGUUCCUCUUUGGAUGCGGCCAAACCAACCAAGGCAACUUUGGGAGCUCCGCCGGGUUUCUUGGACUUGGGCGCCACAACAUCUCCUUCGUCCAACAAACAGCCAACAAGUAUGGCCGCAUUUUCUCUUAUUGUCUACCCUCCACUUCAAGCUCCACCGGUUACCUUGGUUUCGGCAAAGACCGCAGAGCUUCUAAGCACGUAAAGUUCACGCCCCUCACCACUGUCUCUCAAAACCCAUCUUUUUAUGGCCUCAACCUGGUCGGUAUCAGUGUUGGUGGACGUAAAUUGUGGAUUUCACCUUCGGUUUUCUUAUCUUCUGGGACCAUCAUUGACACGGGGACGGUCAUAACCCGCUUGCCUGUGGCGGCUUACAGCGCUUUGCGGGAUGUGUUUCGUCAAGCGAUGACAAAAUAUCCGUUAACUCAGGCGCUUUCGGUACUGGAUACAUGCUAUGAUCUUAGUAGUUAUGUGACAGUGAAGUAUCCACACAUAGCAUUUUACUUUCAGGGAGGGCUGAAGUUGAAGUUGGAUGCUACGGGUAUAUUUUACUCAUCCAGUGCUUCCCAGGUUUGCUUGGCCUUCGCUGGAAAUGAUGCUAAUAAUAAAUUUGCAGUACUUGGGAAUGUUCAGCAGAAGACGUUCGAGGUUGUGUAUGACGUUGCUGGGGGGAGGGUUGGAUUUGCCAGUGGUGGUUGCCUUUGA